AUGUCCCGCACACCUUCGAAGCAGAUUGACUUCAAUGCGAAGCUUGAUUCCAUCGCGUGGAAAGGAGAGUGCGAGUAUUGCCAGCAUCCACUUCAAACGACGCUCCGUGCCCUUUUCGACCAGCCUGACAGUGGUAUAGACUAUGAGGAGGGGUCUCCAGGGGCAGCCAUUGUUUGUCCCAAUGCAAGCUGUGGAGAAAGGUAUUAUCUGACUUGCAUGUGCGCAAACGAUGCCUACCCUACCCUCGGGAAAUAUCACAAGCACUGCCGUGAAUGCCCAGGAUUCGGCAUGUGCAUGCCCGAUUGUCGCUUUUCUCACUGCAAUGUGUGCGACGAUCAUUGGGUUGGAGCAAGAUGCGGAUUUGGCUGCUUUAGAGCCUUGCAAGAUUCCGAGACGCGAACAAUGCUGGAGGACAGCAUGGCAGAGGAAUCUACUGAUCAGGAGCACCAACUGGAUGCCAAAGAAGGACACGAGUCAGCACCGCAGAAGGAUGAGGCAGACAUCGCAGAUGUUGAAGAGAGUCUGAACGACACUUGUGCCGAGGAUCAAGGGACAGUUGAGGCAACUCAGGACGUAGUCAUCUCACCAGCAAAUGCAACUGAAGGCGUGGAAGAAAUACGUAUAGAGUCUGGCGUCAAAGCCUUGAGCAAAAGUAGCCCAUCCCGAUUCAAUCUGCGAAUCACACACAUAAGCAACAGUGACCGACAGAGUCAUGAGAACGGGUCAGCGAAGAUCAAGAGGCAUCCAGACCCUGGACCGCAGCUGGCAGUCUCCCCGAGCACGAAGACCUGGUUGUACUUCUUGUGCUCUUUGCACCAAUCUGGCAAGCACUGCCAGAGCGCUGGCUCGGUGGCGUCGUCGAGAAGAAUCGAAAUAGAGGAAGGCUGA